AUGCGUCGUAAGUCAACCUCCGAUCCAGAUAUGCAGCCAGUUGAUUCUUCCUUGACCCAGAGUCUCAGACAACAAUGCUUCGUCCUCCCCGCUCGCCGUCCGAAAAGACAAGCCGACAAUGACCGCACGGCCAUGCUGGAAAGUCGAAUGGCGCGCAUGGAGACUCUAAUACAGUCCCGGCAAGACUCUGCAUCAUCCAAUGCUGGGGUGCAUCUGGGACCCGAUGCAGCGUCUGUUGCCCGAACCAAUUCACCAGCAGCCUUGUCGUCGAUUGGGGCGCUGGACGGACCGCCGGAAGGGGAUAAAAAUAUUUCGACCGAUGCAACUUAUGCUCAACGGGUGGCCAUCCAUCCCUGGCAGGUGAGCGAAAGCUCCAUCGUUCCUUUCCACCAUUCCUACCCCUGCCGUGAAGGCGGGAACCACAAUCAUCAGACUCAGGGUUCUGAUUUUGAACUCGUCCCGGCUCCCCAGAGUCCGACCACACUCCUGCUUUCCGAGUCUCAUUCAAACUGGUCCAUAGACCAACCGGCUGUUCAGGACUCGGUGAAUGUUCAGGAACAGAUUGCCAUCGCUCCACAUGAGUUCAACUGGGAACAUAUGGGCCCGAGUUCCUGGAUCACCAUUUGCUCUCUGCCAGGAUUGAAAUGGGUUGCAGAACGAUCAGGGACCAAUGCGCUUGCCGAGUACGCAAAGGACCUUACGUUGAGUUGGUCUCAACGUCUGAAAUUCGCCGGGCUUCAACAUCGAGACAAGUCGCCAGAACCCGACGCUCAGACAGCGUGGCUGUAUACCAAGGCUUAUUUCGAAGACUCUCUCGAGGCCCUCUAUGGUGUCGUAUACCGUCCCGAGUUCGAAGCGCGGCUCCAAGACCACUUGAACUACCGUGGCAUGAAUUGCCCUACGUGGCAUGCUUUGAGGAAUGUCGUGUAUGCCACUGGCUGCAGGACGUAUCUGGCCAAGCAGAAAUCGUGCAACUGGUCCGAUGCACAACGACAGUCCUGGGGGUAUUUCGAGAACGCCCUUUCCGUCUACGUUGACUUGCUUUACGCCCCCACCGGACUUACUGCUGUUCGCGCUCUGGCGGCAAUGAAUCUUCAUGUUGAAGGUGCCGGAAACGCGGCUCUCGAGUCGGUCAUGUGUGCCAGCGCCGUACGAUUGGCGCAAACCAAAGGUCUACACCGGGAACCACCGAGUCAUUGGGGACUCUCGCAGGACGAGGCCCUUCAUCGCAAGUGGCUGUGGUGGGCGAUUUACAUACACGAAAGACAAGUCACUCACCGUUCCGGUCGUCCAUCCACGAUUGAUGAAGACAACAUCAGCUGUCAGAUUCCAACGACUGUUGUCGCUGACAGUACGAUCGAUCUCUCGUUCAUGACGGCGAUGGUGCAUCAUGCUCGCAUCUCAGCACAAAUCUGCCGACAGCUUCUUUCCGUUUCCGGCUUUCGACAAUCUCCGCGAGUCAUUAUGGAACGAAUGGCCGUGCUAGGCCAGCAAUUGGAAACCUGGAAGACCUCCCUUCCUGAUCACUUGAAACCUGCCGCCAUUGAUCCCUCUGCUUUUCGCUCGGUGCGAGACAUGAAUCGCACCCUGUGUGUACACUUUGCCUACUAUGGCAGCGUCACAGCAAUACAUACAAUCUUCUUUUAUCCAUGGAUCUCGUAUGCUUGCGGCAUUGAUCCUCGAAAUUUGGCGCAUACCCAACAGAUUGUGGAGAGCACAAAGGUGGUGGCAGAAGCUGCAAGGGAUAUUAUCCAAGCAAUUAGAGUCAUCAGCACCGACGCUACUUCGCCACAGUGGCUGGUAUUCUACUUUCCCAUGGUCGGCUUGAUUAACUUGUUUAUAUAUAUUCUCAAAUAUCCCAACAUUGUCUCGGCUGCUGUCGAUGUGUCAAUCUUGGAUAUUGCGGUCGGACACUUUGGACAUCUGGAAGUGGUCACUGCAUUGGAGCUCAGUUACCCGUUUGCCCGAGAAGUUUCCCGAAUCGCAUACAACACGGUGAGGUACAGCAGAGAGAGUAAGUCUGGCCCUGCGAGACCUGGGACGCCACCACCAGCAGCAGCAGCAGCAGGCCCGACAAGUACGGCUUCCAACAAUGCCAUGAUUCAUGAAAUGAUCAAUUACGCCGGGGAACCUUUGCUCGAGCUGAACAACUUUGACGUCUUUGAAAUGGACGAUCUUCCAGGAGAAGGAGACAUGAUAUAUUUCCAGGCCUGA